AUGGAUAACAUCAGAGAAAUCAAUGGAGGGUUGUAUGUCAAGAUGGGAAAGACCUGGCAAUUCAAGUCUAACUUUGUGUUGGAGGUUCUGCAUCAAGUUUCAAAUAAACGGGAGGCUGUGUAUAUAGUUAAAGUGACAAGAAGCGAUGGAGUUAGUGGAGAGGCCUCCUUCAAAUCAAGUGACUUGAACACUUCAAAAAAGUUUCAUGUGUCAAUUAGCAGCUCAUUUAAACAUGGAGGCCUGAUGUGCUUCUUAUCACGACGACACCUUGUGCCUCUUAUGGGAAAAUUGGCAAGACAGGCUAGACCACAGGAGGUAAAUUAUAGAAAGCAGUUGGUAUUAACUCCUGGUCUGCAGGACGAUGGAGUCCAUGUGGUUUUUAAUCCAGAUCAGAUCAUUGACAUCAUCACAGCAACUAUGGUUAAUCCAGAUAGAUGUGUCUAUGUAUGGCCGGACCAGAAUGGAGCAGACAUAGCAUUGCAACAUAGAAUCAAUACUCCCCCAGAUAUACAAAUGCUUAAACAAUUUCUGACAACAUCAUCAACCAUCUUCGACAGCAACUUUGGACCCGCCAUUUUAGCUUGGAGCAGCAUGUAUGCAAUGACACUGUAUAAGAAGUUCUUGAAGGAGAUCGGCCGUUUCAACCUGCCAGUUCUCCAUGGUUUACCAGGGGUUGGCAAAACUCUAAUUGCACAGUGUGGGGCCUGGUUAGUUGGAUGUACCAACUUGCACUUCAUGGGAAGGUACACCUAUGCCUUUUUAACAGACUACAUGGCAGGCAGUAGUCUCCCCUUUGUUUGGGACCAUACAACAAAGAGUAAAGAGGUUGCUAGGAUAGCUAAUGAUGUGGCAAAUGGGCAUUCGUUUGGUACAGGAUCUGUUAAAAAACUUUUGACUGGUUGCCUGGUUACAGCAAACUUUGAUGUUUCAAAACUUAGCAAGUAA